GGAGGCUUCGUGUUUACAAACCUCGGCGAAUCGCUUCCUCAAUCUCCGCGAAACGAGGAAAAAGGCAUUGAAGUCGGGGGGGAAGAGGGACGACAGAGGACUCUUCGUGCCUGGAUAGAAUGGACGAAUAAAUGGGGGAAAAAAUAGGCUCCUUUGCGCAGUUCAGGAGCGAAAAGGGAAAAUAUGGUGAUUCCAGGUGAUUUUUCCACAAAAGCAAAAGCCUAAAUGAGAUGAUGGAAGAGGAGGAAAAGGGAAAAAGUGACCACACACAACCCUUCACUGCCAGAGGCUUCUACGGCAAAGCUCAGUCACAGGACCAAGUGCAGCUGCGCAUUGCCAAGACCAGAAAACACCUCAAGCAGAGACCUCUAGUAAGCGAGUACAGACCUGGGAUUUUGGGUCCACCCGCCACCUGGAAGACCUUCCGUCGCCAAGCGGAUGCCAUCAAGUUCGCCCAGGUGCAGGGGAAUGGCCUCAUGGUGUUCUCCUUUGAGGGGGAAGCGCUUGGCCUGGGGGGCAAGAGGAAUUUCGUGGUGACGCACCCCAAGAUGAUGUGGAACCAUCAGUGCCAGCGCAGCCCCACUCAAAGGUGUACAUAUGAAGUCAUCCAGGAGAACUCUGUAUGUAAACUUUACUUUGACCUUGAGUUCAUGUACAUGCACAAUCCUGAGAAUGAUGGUGUCCAGAUGACCAAUGCAUUUAUUAAGAUUGUUUGCUACUUUCUCCUUAAGGAGUUUGGGGUAUGCUGUAGCCGCAAGAAUAUUAUUGACUUGACUAGCUACUCCUUUGCAAAAUUUAGCCGUCACUUGAUUUUUAACAUUCCAGGUGUGGCCUUUGCUAAUAAUAUCCAUGUUGGAAAUUUUGUUAUCAUGAUUUGUAAUCAGAUAAGAACAUGGGCAAGGGAAGGUAUGAAAGAAAUGCCUGGUUUUACAUUCAGUGAUGUGGAAAUUCUAUUUGUAACAGAUACCAAAGGAAAUAAAGUACUGUUUUGUGACGAAGGAGUGUACACAAAGAACAGGAACUUCAGAAUUCUACGUUCAACAAAAUUAGGAAAAAACACACCUUUGGUGGUAGCUCAAGAGAACCAGUAUGUGCCACUGACAAAAAUGGGAGGUUCUGCAGAGGAAAUGCUCUUCCUGGAUUCUCUGGUGACAACAGUCAGGGAAAGCCCCAAAAUCUUGACUUUUGGAGAUGACGAGAUAAGAAGACCAAAGAUCAGACAGAAGGAGAGAGAAGGCACAGGCCCAGGGAUGGAAGGGUUCAGCCACUCUCCGUACCCAGAGAUUGACAAGUACAUCCAGAGCAUCCUUGGUCAUGGUUACGUCCGCUGCUGGUUUUAUUUCCCACAAAGUGAAUUGCUGGUUUAUGAAAUAGCCAAUAAUAGGUUUUGCCACAACAUUGGUAGGGAACACAAGAGCAAUGGGGUAAUGUACGUUGCGAACUUGAAGCUAGCUGUUUAUUAUCAGAAAUGCCAUGACUCAGACUGCCAGGACUACCGAUCAAACCCCAUUCCACUUCCAGAGUGGACUGUAUUCUGGAAGAAAAUGGGAGAGGAAGAGGUACUGGAGUGGAUCCAAGACUCUCAAAAUGGUGCAAAUGACAUUUGGGAUGACAAUGACGAUGACGACAGCCUUCUAACCAUGGCAGCCACACAAAUUGAGAACGAGCUGAACAAUAAUAUUAUGGAUGUGGCAGCUACAGAGUUUGAGAAUGAGGAUGACAAUAAUCUUUUACUCAUGGCAGCUACACAGGUUGAGAAUGAGUAUCUGUCAGACAGCAAGUUGACUAAUACUAUAAAAAAAAUUGAAAUGUGGGAUAAAAUUGAUGAGAUGUCUCUGUCUUCACUGAGCAGGCAGAGUUCUCAGAAAAGCAACCCUUGGGAUAGGCUGUCUCUCAUAUCAUCUCCAAACAGUUCCUUCUUUGACGAGUCUUCACAGAAAUCCCUUGAUGAUUGCAGAACAAAUCUUUGCCCAGAAACUUUCAUUGCAGACCAGAAAGUGCGGCAGAACUCAAAUAUAUAUGAUUUUGAGUCGGAUGAAGAGUUUGCAAGUGCCGCAGCCAAAGUUGAAGAUGAGCUUCAAAAGCAAGCUGGGGAUGAAGUGGAAUUCAACAGCUGUGGGCUUGAUGAUGACGACUUUAUGCUGCCAUGAAUUUGCAUAUAGAAAAUUCGGUCCUGCAUGAUAUAUAUAUAAUACAUUUAUUUUCAGUAAGUAAGGAGAUUAAUGACAGUUUUAGAUUACCUUUACUGUUCUGGUACAAAAGUUAUCAAAGUUAUAUAUUGUGAACAAAGGUUUUAAGAAUAAAUAUUUAUUUUGUUACUUAUUACUGGUCUGUCAUGUAUUAACAUACAAUAUGCUAUUUUUUUGUGUAAAAAAGCCAAGGGAAGUUAAUGCAAAAUGCUUUACACAUUUUACAGAGAUAAUGAUGAAACUAUAUUGUAGUAAACCAAGCAUGAGCUUUCUUUGAUAAGAGAUUGUGUAUUCAAGAAAAUAAUAUAUAAAUUCAGAUUUAUUAAUGAUGCUUGCUUCAGAAAUGCUAAUCUUUCCUGUUUUGUUGUUUUAACAUAAAAAAGGAGUUUGAUUAAUGUGUUACAAAUUAUUUUGUAGUUUAAAACUCAAUUGCUUUCAAUUCUUAGUUAAAUUAUUAUGGAAUUUCUCUCAAUUUAUAUACAUAAUUUACCAUAAAAAUCAAAAUUGAUCUGAUUUAGAUAAAAAUCAGUCAGUGAUAUAGCAAAUACAUGAUAUGCAAAUCACUGUUGUUUAACCCAUUCUUGACAGGUGGCAUGUACGCACAUGCCAUGGCAUGGCGGGACUAUCUGCCGGGGACAUGUAUGUACAUGCCAUGGUGUAUGUAUGGAGAUGCCAUGAGUUAUUUCUUGUUGCAAUCACGGCAAAAUGUA